UUAUCAAAUCUGCAAAUUAAGGCAACAGAAAGCAAAACAGGAUUAGAUAAUGUUAGCUCUGCAAGUUUAGUUAAUUAAUACAUUUAAUUUUUGCUACUAUAUUUGAAUUUUCCUCUUAUGUGGCUUUCCUUAAUCUUUCAUGUUCAUCAAAUCUCCAAGUUAAGGGAACAAAAAAGAAACCAGGAUCAGAUAAAGUUAGCUUUGUCAGUUUAUGUUUUAACGCAUUCUGCUUCUAGACUCGUUUAGAUUUCGUUUGUUAGGUCGCUGUGGGAAAAAAGAAUGAAAUUGAAUAGUACAUAGUUUCAUAGUUAUUUAUGCGACUGUCAGAAACAGUCGUUUUUCCACCUUCAUCACAUACAUAUUCUGUUUAACCCAUUGACGGCCAUGCCAGCCAAAACCGGCUGUACAAGAGUACACUGCUUUAAAAACAUUCUUAAUCGCGCGAAUAUUGCCUUAACUAUCAGUUGUGAUACUGGGUAGAAUGUCCCUCAAAAUGGGAUAUUCAAUAAACGCAAAAAGGUCAUCUCUUUUUGCAAAAUAUCACCUUUUGAAUUUGGACAAGAACAAAAAAUCAUAGAAAAACGACAAAAAUCACGUUUUUUUGCCUUCAGGAUUUUUAUAGAAAUCAUCGCUAUAAAACCAAAAGUCAACAUUCACAGUAAACUUCAGUCCUUGUUCAAGCUUAGAAAUGCCUUUUUCGUUCUUAUUUGUUUCUCGGGCCGAGAUACAGCCUUUUGUUCUAGUGCAUCCUGGUCUUGCCUCGAUCUUCGACAUCACGAUUGCACUGCGUGCUGGGAAAUAGCCAGUAUUUUGACAGCGCCACUCCAACCUACCACGGGAAUGCCGCGCUUGUUGUGAUUUUCAGUGGUCGAAAAUUACAGAAUAUCCCGUGGUAGGUCAAGAAAUCCACCAGUAGUCGAGUCCCAAAGCUACUUCAUUUAGGAGCGGCCAUUUUUCCAGUUCCUCGAGCAACAAACCACUUCUUUGAGACUCUUAGCUUCCGCCACGCUUAAUGAUGCUCAUCAAAUAGCCACUAAAGAUGAGAAAUGGUUGCAAGCUUACCAAAAAUCACAUACAAACCAAACUUCAGCUGUUAUUAUAGCUCAGCGAAGCAAAAAGACUACGUUAGAAAAACGUUUCCAGAAAUGUCGAGCCUUCAGUGUUUUAGAACAUCAUCACCUUCCAUAGUAACCCCAAAUACGGAUUCACGAAAUCCUAUGGAUUGUUUUUAUGUAGAAAAUCACUGGAAACCGUAAAAAGUCCCGUGCACCAAUGGGUUAAGACAAUAGGUGGGUUCACACUGGACUUUUCAAGUGCACUUGAGACUAACUUGUGUGUGAACAGGUCCUAUUUCACUUGACUGAUCUUGACUAGUCGUUCUUAGUUGCCACAGAAACUUCAAAAACCACAGAAUGCCGAAGUGCGCUCUCAAGUUAGGUCAAAUCCUUUCUUGAGACUGCACUUAUCCAAUUAAAGCGUCGGAAGUUUAUUAUCAAACUGUCAAUCAUCUCAAGCCAAAACUUUCAAUCUCAAAAGCGAGCAAGCGAGAAAUAAUGUUCGAGAAUACUGAUCUCCACAAAAUGUAAAUGUAGGUAGGCUGUUCUCGGUUCUGAUUCAUGAGCUGGUUCAGAAAUUUCACGAUUUCUUUUUUUCACUAUAUUUGACAGAAACAACGUUACUGUAAGACUUAGCUGUGGAAAAGAAGUGACUUAUGUUUCACAAAGAGCGAUUUGCCUGUUGUGCGUUUUGUUGGAUGCAUUUUAUUCUUUUUUCAACUCGUUCAAGCCAUGUUUUCUGUGUCCACCUGCAGCAAUAGGCAUUUACAAGAUGAGACAACCUCAAGACUCAUGAAAGAAAUAGAAAGCCACCAGAUUUACUCAAAAGAAUUUUAAUGGAACAAGAAAAGUUCAUACGAAACGGUAGUAGCAGCGGAGCUCUAGCGCUGCUCUAGCAAAAUACUCGAAGCAACGAGCUCAAAAUACCGGCAAGGAGAGCUUUUAGAACACAAAAGAAGGUUUAUCCUGCUUCGAUUACUUCGAUGAAACCAUCUGUCGCAUUGUUAUUCUUUCAUUUUGGCACAGUUAAAGAAGAUUGUUGUCAAUAAACGGAAAAUCGCCUUUUGCAAUAGUUCUACGGCUCUAGUCUUCGCGGCCGCUUUAAUUGAACACAUGUACGGCAGCGUUUUCCCGAGCUAUUAAACUCCGAGAGAAAGAUUAGUUCCAAAACUGGAACAAAAGUGCUCAUCUUAACUUUAGUGUGAACGCCAUUUCUUGGCAAAAAGCUGAGUGCACUUCAAGUGCUUUUCGAGUACACUUGAACUCAAGUGUACAAGAACAAGAAAAUUUCCCAAAUGACUUACUUUCUAAUGACUUACAAGACAUGUACAGAACCAGUGCAAGUCAUAAUUCUAUGAAAAUAGUGCAUUUUUUUAAAUUUUGUGCAAGAGGUAUUAUGGCUCUUGUUUUGCGCUAGUAAGUUUUGAAAAAACCACAAUUGCAAUCCGCUUCAAUUUUUUGGUCACUUAAUUUGGUGGCAGUUUCCAUUGUUGGAAUUUUGAUAAUUCCUUCUCACAGCCCCCGGUGUGGGAGCAUAGUACUAAAAGUUCAGUGAAACCUUUUAGUAUGGUCACCUUCUGUUACAGACAGUUGUCAUAUUCUUAUCAUUUUGACUUAACUGUUUUCAGGAAACUUUCCGGGACCGUCUAACCGUCUUGUUCUUUUCUUUUCUUUUCUUCCAGACAGAGACAACAUUAAAAGAGGGGAGAUGUUUACUAGAUAUGGAAGAUGUAAAGGUAAAUUGACUGAUAGUAGUUUUCAAGAAAGCCAAUAAGUGAGGCCCUAUGCUUUAAAAAACAUUUUACCUUCAGAUCGGCAAGAAUUGCGAUGACUUUAAAUGCGGCACAUUUGUCAACAAAAAAUCUUGAGAGCGUCUGCAUUUUAUUUUGUUGUGCUAGCAGUGUUAGGAGAAAAAUACCACGGAGCCCUAGGUUUUACUUGUCGGUAAACACUCUUGAAGGAACUGCUUGAAUUCCUCACAAAAUAACAAAAAUAACCGUCCAUUUGAGUAGUUGGUGAUUAAAAGAUUAUUUUAACUGUCAAGGAUUAUUUCAUACAAAAAGAAAAAUGAAAAAAAAAAAAAAAAAACCUUCUAUCGCAGAAGCACUCCAUAUAGCCUUCAUCUAGACGGAGACCAUUGUAGACAGUCGAGCCCUCAGUGCGGUCAGUGAUGACGUCAACGAUUACGAAUCACUGACGCCGAACCACUUCCUCAUCGGACGGCCAUCACCCUACAUGCAGCCCACCCAGUCAAUUUGAAAAGCGCGAAUUUAAUAGCCACAAGGAAUGGAGAAUAGCCCAGGCACUCGCGGACGCAAGGAGAGCCUACCUUAAACCCGUCAAUCCCUUCCUAAUGGAAUAAAGAACAGCUAAACUUAAAGGAAGAUGACUUUAUCGGGUCACAGGAGUCUCACAUUGGUCCCUUGAUAGAGUUCUGAAGACAUUUUCAGGAGAUGAUGGGAGAGUGCGAAUGAAGUGAAAGACACCCAACGAAACUUUGAUGCAGCCUACCGCAAAGUUGUGCUUGGUGGAAAAAUCUGCUUCAUAGAAUGGACAAUGUCGAACAAUGUUUUACUAAGAACGUUUGUAGUGUAGGAAACUUUUACUUUAUUGCUUGUAUCUUAGCUUGUCGUUCAUCUUAUGGUCUUUCUGGGGAGGGAGAGAAGAUCAAGUGGAGCGGCCGCUGGCUAUGUUAUUCGUGGUAAAUUGUAAAAUUUCCGUGAUUACCCGCGAGGGUAACUCGGGAAAACGAGGUCAGUAAGAAUUAAAAAGUUGUUGUUGCCUUACAAUAGUCUCGACAACGAAUUUGUUAAUUGGACUAACCACCGGGGCAGUAAUAACUGGCAAAAGUACAAACAAUGGACUAGGUCAUUCGCCUAGGCACAUCCUCUUUAAGAACAUCACAUUGUGUCGAUUUUCCACUCUAAAAGUGCGAAUUUACUCCCUUUAUUUGAUUUUUGUUUCAGAUUGUAGAAAAACAACUUGGUAACCUCGUUAUGGAUAUCGGGAACGAAAAUGAUCCUGUAUUUAGGCUCGAACAAAUAUUGGAAAAAAAAGUGGAGGUCGUGCUUCUAUGCUGUUCCAUCGGGGCAAUAACUAUUUACUUUAUCGUGCUACUAGUCCUAAGGUUAGUUGUUGUGUUGCUUUUAAGGAAAAACCAGUGCCUUAUCAUAUCGAAAAACUCGUCCUUAGGUUCAUGAAAAACCGUUGACGUGAUCUAAAAUGUUAAUAAUUUGUUUCAGAGUGGAAAUCACAGAAAAGAUUUUCGUGCACGUAAAUAUGCUACUUUCGCUGGGCAUUGCACACCUGGUGUACGUAUUGGAUUUUACAGUGUUUACCAACAGAGAAGAACAUCCAGUAAGUAGUUUAUUUAUCAUCUUGAAACCCAUACUAGGCCUUUUUCUAUGGUCAUUGACAGGUGGGAGGCCAGGGCGAGUAACAUUCUUUGAAAACUGCAUAAUUAAUUAGAUUACAAAGCCAGAAUCCUUUUUUGUCAUUCAAUAUUAAAAUAUUCUUUAUACCUUAAAAACAGCUAAAAUUCGAAAAACAAACGAACAACAGAAAAACCAUUCUUAUAUCGAUUGAUGUUUAGUUCUCUUCAUUUGCCUGAUCCUCCUCAAUUUCAGGAUAUAAAGGGAUUUUUAGCCUUCAAAUAGCAGUUGCCGUACGUCUAGUUCUUUUUUUGCUGUUUUUGCUAUGUUUUAGGCAGUAGUCUGGCUAUUGUUUCGACAUUCUCUGCCUUUAGCCUGGGCAAAGAUAACUGUGUCAUCGUUUUAAUAUUUGAUAUGUCAGCUGCAUUCGACACAGUCGAAAAUCACAUAGUGCUACAAGACUCAGUCGCCGUUUUGGAAUCAAAGGAAAGGCACUGGCUUGUAUGUGGUCCCUGGUCUGGUCGAUUUUACUCUGUGAUGUAAUUUUCGGGAAGAAAAUGAGGUUUCAAUACAAACGAAACUUUACGAGACAGUGUUUAUUGAUCUGUUUGCCUUCUUAAGCUCGAUUGGAGGUUUUCCUGAUGACUAGCGAAGGAGGUAAAAUCAAGUAAAGGCAAACGUAGGUGAAUUUUGUUCUGUUAUUUGUGUUUUUUUUUUUAUGGCCCCUUAAAUUGGAUAUAUAUUGAAUUCAGGCAUAUACGAUUAAGUGCGUUUAAGAAAGCCGUUAAUUUUUGGUUACAUUAUUGCGUACAAGAAAUGUUCCUUCCACUUGCAACAAAAAAUGCGGUAGAAAGUUUGAAUUUUGAAACCAAAAUUGUAGAUAAUAUUCUAAAGCAAAUUUUGCGUAAUAGGUCUUUGGUCCGGCCGCCGGACGAUAGGAUAAACCAGCAAAAUAAUGAUUGAAAAUGGAGAGCCUCAGAAAGUACAGUUUUCUUUUCGUUUAGUUAUUAGGAAAUUAAGAUUCAUGAGUUAAAGUGAGGAUCUUUCAACUUUGAGUCACAUUUUAAAUAAAGCACUUUCAUUAAUUGGAGUAAAUGAUCAAAAUCGCGUACAGCGUAUAUUCGAUCCUUCCGAUUGGUUCCAGUUACUAUACACUGUUUUUCCGAGUGAUGUCCUCAAAAGUUAUGAUUUGUCGUAUCCUUUUUACGCCGAUGACAGCCAGAUAUACAUGCCCUUUCACCGUCACUGGUGAACCUGGGUACUCCAAAUCUAAACGUGUAUCCUUGACACCAGUAGUUGGAUGAGAGCCAAUAGGAUCAAACUCAAUAACGAAAAAACUGAGCUUUUGGUGCUGAACGCCUUUCAUUGCCCCCUUAGGCAGCUAAGCAUCGUUUACGCAAUCAGUGAAUAAAUUGUAGCCACUAACUCGGCUAAAACCAUCGGUUUUUGGUUUGAGAUCAAUCUACAAGCAUGUGAAAUUUCUCUGCAAGACAUCUUUCUGCCAAUUACGUAACUUGGCAACUAUUAGAAGGUUCCAAAAGCACUGUGAAAUUCUCUUACAUGCCUUUGUUACAGUGUACUUCCGCUAAUCAAUCAAUCAAUCUUUAUUUGUACUCACUCUUGCUCAAAAAUGAAUUACAACAAUGAAAAUAUUAAAAGUAACUCUCUUUUAUCUGGUCCAUCUGGUCUCCUCAGCAUCUGUUGCAAAACAUAUUUAAAAUACUGCGGCCAGUUCCCUCACGCACCCAAACAAAUACGACCACGUUCCCCACAUUUCUUUCUUUUCCAGCAGAUAUCUAAAACGUCUUCCAAAUCUGGUCCACCCUAGCUGGUUACAAAGAGUUAGUCGGGGUAUUUGAGCCAAUCAAAAACGAGAAAUAUUUUGGAUGAGAUGGUAACAAGUAAGGUUUAAAUUUCUAAAAUUCGGAUAUGUACACACUUUUUUAUUGUCUUUUAGGUUCUCUGUUCGACUGUUGUGGUAACUCUUCAUUUUCUGGAAACAGCUCUGUUUACCUGGAUGUUUGUGGAAGGGAUAAACCUCUACAACAAGUUGGUCAAGGUUUUUUCGAUGCGAAAGCAAUACUUAGCUUUCGCGGCAAUAGGAUGGGGUGCGUUACUUUUCUUGAUACUUCUAUUCCAGUCAUUUUGUGGUUGGACCCGGAACUAUAAAUGCAACAGAAGCGUUCUCUUCGCUAAUUACUUAGGAUUAGACUAAUAUAUAGAUUUAGCCAGGGCUAAAAGCGAAGCUCUCAAUAAUAUUUAUAGCUUGUUGAACAAAAUAUCAAAUCGUGUAAUGCUUAGUGGCGAAGGCAAUACUGGAGAAUGGUGAAAAACAACAAUAGGUCUAAUUGGCAAAAAAAGCAACUUUGCACGUGCAGCACACUUUUUUUGUACAUUUCUUUGCCGUUGUUUUGCACGACUGCAACGUGAAACUUCUGAUUGCUGCCAGAAAACUACAAAAGUUUUCUGGCACCAAUCAGAAGUCAGAACGGCGGCGACCGUUUGGAACUGGUCUGGUAAGACAUUGUCCCUAGGGGUUCUUCUCGCCGUUCUUUACUUUGCUUCGUGCCAUAUUUUUCCGCCCGUUUAGACUUUCCCUCGCCCCUACUAUCUGCCCCUGGGUCUCCGAGGAUGGUUAUGCACUUGGAUCAAUAUAUAUUUUAAGCUUAAGUCCGGAGUUAUAUUUUGGAAAACGGAUUUCAAAAGCUCUUGAUCUGCAUACUGGCCAAGCUUACGACCAGAUACAAACCAUAAGCUGUCAACUCCCUCCUCUGAAUUAGCUGAAUUUUUUUCAAUGUUAGUUGACAUACUGGCAAACAACACACAGUACACCACAAACUGUACCAAUUUACACCCAACACCCAACACCCACCAGUGACCCACUGGCGAAAGUUAAACUUGUCUUUUGUACGUCGUCUUAAUCAUCAAUUACCCUAAAAUCUCCACUGGGUUUGCCCCCAAAAAAUAAUUAAACGAAGCCUUUUAUUGGUUUUCGGGAUUUAAUUACAGAAUUACAGGUCUAUGCCCAAUACAGUAUUAAAAUGCGGUAAAGCAAAAAGAUUCAAUGCUCACAGUCUCUCAUAAAUACCUGUCAUUUAGCUUCCUCUUUCAACGCUACAGCUAAGCGAACUUUGAGAGGAAUGAUAUGGGGUUUCACUAGCUCUGAAGAGCUGAAAGUACGCACAAAGUAUAAUACAUCCUUUGGUGAGCCUCCUAUUGCUGUGGCUAAACUCCUCAAUCUUGCUGUACACUCGGCCCUCAAAAGUGUGACCGGCGGGAUGAUUGCCCGUAAAAUUUGCUCGACGAUAGAAAGGAAUCUUUAAAAUUCAUUACACCACUGGUCAUUUCAUUCCAAAAAAGUACUUAAGUGUAGUUUUCUAUGACAAUAGGAAUCUUAAAAUCGCCAAAUCCAAGAAAUCGGAACAGUAUUUCCGUGAUAAAAUCGAAAUUUUUAUCCCUCUUCGAUGAAAACUUUGCUCAUCAUUUUUAAAGUCAUUGACGCGAGACGUGACGUCAUACUGGCAGGCGGACUGUACCACAGAUUUCCUUGGAGACACCCCCUCCCCCCCCCCUUAGUCAAUGUCAAGGGUAAAAACGUUUCAAAUCGCCUCACGUUUAAAUUAAGUAACGGUCCUGAAAAGAUAUUAAAGUGUAUAAAACGAUAGAAAUAUAAUUUACACGGUCAUUAUGCAGCUAACUUUGUUAAAUCUAAACUUUCAAGUAUUCUCCCUUGAUAUAUAUACAGUCGAGCCUCCACUAAUGUCCACCUCUCUACAACGGCAACGGCCACUUAAACGUGUGUCCCCAACCGCCAAAAUAACUUCUCGACAUGGGCCAAUUUUUUUUUUUUCCAAAGACAGAUGAAAAAGUCAAGAAUGGUAAUGAAAUUUGAUCUGCAUGGAACGUUUGAGAUCAAUCGGGGCAAUCGUAUUUUCAUUUUGUUUCAUUUAUACUGCUGCAGUAAGCUUAAAUAGUCUAAGAUAAAUGUAGCGAAUGUUGCGAACUUUGCUCGUUUUGUCACGUCAACAUUUUGAUUCAAGACAUAAUUCAAGCUUUUUGAGUAUAUAUUAAAUAUGAUAGGAUUACUAUGAUUACAGAACACAGUAAGCAUGAACUUAACACAAUAACUGACAUGUUGUACUCCCUAAAAAAUGUCAUAUAAUCACCCCCACCUUCCCAUAACGGCCACCUCUCCACAACGGUCAGUUUCUUCUGUACCCGGCCAAGGUGGUCGUUUUGGAGAGGUUCGACUGAACACUCAAAUUCCUUUAAGACCCAUGCAGCACGCAAUAACAACUUCAAUGGAUGCCCAAACACCCUAAAACAAGUAAACAUGCUAAUGAAAUGAGAUUGAUUGUUACUUUCUGGAAAAAAUUACGCUGCAAAAGAAAAGUACGUUUUGUUAACAGCUCUUGGCCACCAUAAAUGGAAUGGAUAUGAAAAGUUUACACCCUGAAAAACCGUCAAGUUUCAUUAUCAUUAAACAGUUAACUUGUUUCUCAUUUGUUUGUGUCGAUUCAUGUUUCAUAAUAACACUCAAACUGUACAUUGACUUAGUUUUAAGCACGCGUGAUAUCAUCAGUAUUCAGAUUGCAAGUCAAAUAUUCAACGAGCCACUUACUUGCUCCCUUAGGUGGGGAGAGGUAACAUAUUUCUUCAAAGCUACGGAUUUGCGAAAACCGUAGCACGGAAAGAGGUAGUGUCACGCCCAAAAGGACUUGAAUAUACAACAUGCAACAAACACAAACAUCCUAACUACUGCAAUAGGCCUCACUAUUAGGAAGAGAUCAAAACGGAUAAUGGGGCCCCGUUUAAUGGAUCGAAAUUUGCGAACUUUGCUCGGGAACAAGGGUUAAGACACCGAAAGGUCACCCCUGGGUGGGCUGAAGCUAAUGGUGACGUGGAGCGUUUCAUGCAAACCCUCAAGAAGAGUGCGAGAAUUUCUAAACUUGAAGGAAAAGCUAUUCGGGAGGGAGUGCAAACAACGGUUGGCAACUAUUGCGCCACGUCCCACCCAGCGACAAAGAAAAGCCCAGACAUGCUCAUGUUCGGUAGAGAGCUACGGAGGAAGCUACCGGAAAGGAUCGUACCUGCAGGAGAAAUUCCAUACGACCGAAUCAGACAAAGACCCAAUCAGAGACGUGGCUAAAAAGAAGCAGAUGAAAGAGUACCCGGACAAGAGACGGUACGCCUGGGAAAACCUUAUAGUGGUUGGAGACCAAGUUCUUUUGAAGCAGAGCAAAGCAGAUGUUCUGACCUCAGCAUUUGACCCCCGACCCUUCUCAGUAAUGAGGCGUGAAAGGAACUAUGAUCACCGUGAAAAGGGGUACGGAGAUUAAAUCGCGGAAUUCAUCCAAUUGUAAGUUGCUGAAGCACGCGAGGGAGGAUGAGUACGUCGCUGUGGAUUUAAACCAAGGUCUGGAUGCAUCCCGCGCGGAAGAAACUGAAACCAGAGAAGAUUUGCGUUUGCAACCCGGCAACCUCGGCGUAUCCAGUGAAAUGACAAUUGGCGGUCCACGGGCAAUACUGCAGUAAGCGGGCCAAGAAGAUCAGCGUAAACAAGAACGUGUACUUGGAACACUAUUUACAGGGAGUUUGAGCCACACUAGACAAAAAGGGGGAGAUGUAGUGUUGGGUCUCAAGGGACUUAAUGCAGGAUAAUUAUAUGCGAAAUGAGCGUGAACACUCUAACAAAAGAGGGACUAAAAGCGUAUGAUGUAACCGUUUAUUGAGCCCCAUUCGCGACUUUACAAGUAUUUUCCCAGGUAGAUAACCUAUUAAAACAUAAAAAAAUUGCCCUAAGUUGAUUUAUCGGGAAUGACGGCGUGCGGAUCUGACAGGAAAAAAUGGACUGUUUGAUGGAGAUAACAUCAACGCAAACAUCAACGUAAAUCAGAACGUCGUUUCUCGACACUAGCUAAAGCCGCCAUGGACAAGCGAUUUGUCAGCUUUUUGAAAUGAAAAGAUUCUUUUCGUUUAUUGGAAAUUUUGCAGCAUGUAUUGUAGAGAACGUUUCGACACGGGCUGAAGAGCAGCCGCUCUGCAAAACUUAUAGCCGGUGGAGUGAAUUCCGGACAAAUCAUUUUGCACGUUUCGACAAGGUUUCAGACGUGAGAUAAAGCCAAACAUUAAAAAACAAGAAAUUCCGCAUCAAUCGCUCAGCGUUUCAACCCCCUGUUAUCGUAAACCUUUUUUAUCACAGUUUCUGCAAUCGCCUGGAACGUGUUCUAUUGGAAAACAAAGUAAUUUUACAAAUCUGGUAAUCCAGGGGUAAUCUGUUAUACUUCUGUUUUGACGAGCUGUCAAUUUACAAAUGAAUCGAACCGUGAAAUAUCAAGGGGCGUUUUCCAGAAUCGUUGGGUUUGCCGGCAAGCGUGUCCUCUUCUCCCCUCCCCCUUCCACCUUCUUUUUUUGCUCCCGCUCUACCUUUCGCGCAAUAACUCGAUUGAAAACGCUUGGGACGCAGGCUAUAUCGGGAAGGUCUCAAAUGCUCUCAAGUUAUCUCGUUCUUAAGCAACUCCCCCUGCUAGGACUCUGUGGGACUUUUGAUAUGUUAUUAAGGACGGUUUGAUGAUGACAGUUGGAGUAUCCUAUGUUGCAAUUAGUUUCAGGUUAACCUACUAUUUUCUACAAAAUGAAUGGAGUAUUCAUGCGCUGAGAUCUUUCUCAGAACAUUUUAAUCAAUACACAAAAAGUUGUUUUAUUAUUAUUAUUAUUAUUUUCAUUUUGCCUCAUUUAAAUUAUAUAUAUACACACAAUUCAGAAAGAUGAUCCAAGGGAGCCCAUGCAAGCCAAUAAAACUUAAGAAAAGGACCACCUUUAAAAGUUAUAUGACUUACAGUGGGACCAUACGAACCGAGGCCACCGAGAUAAAAUUUUAAGACAAAUUUUGAAAGUAGCCAAUCACAAGUCCAGCUUAAGACAAUGAAAUUGCGCAUAAUUGUACUCAGUUCAAAAUACGUUGCGAACCAUUUUUCUAAAGGAUAUAAAUAAGGAUUUAGGAAGUUUGUAUAAACUAAGCUGAAAAAUGUUUUGACAACGACUGCGUUGGCGAUAAUCAAAGCCAGCAGCAAAAAAAUUUUGAGCAAUCCGACCUAAAAUCGAUGGCCGCUUCUUUCAAAAUUUGGGGUUUUCUUUUCCGCCCCAACUCUUCGUUGAUAGCUCUGUCAAAUCAUUCAAAUUGCGAUUCACUCGCUAAGAGUGGCCCGUACAUGUAGCUGUUUACCUUGAAACGAGUGGUCGUCGCCUAGUUUAGUUCGGAUUGCUCAAAAUUUCUUUACUGCUGGCUUUGAUUCCGGCCAACCCAGACGUUGUCAAAACAUUUUUCAGCUUUAUUAUAUACAACGUCACGAUUCUUUAUUUACAUCCUUUAUAAAAAUUGUUCGCUGGGUCUAGUACAAUUAUGCGCAAUUUGAUUGUUUUAGAUCUCGACUUGUGAUUAGCUUAUUUCAAAAUUUAUCUCAAAAUUUUGUCUGGGUGGCCUCGGUUCGUGUGGUCCCACUGUAAUUAUGAAAUAAAAUACUGGCAAGUGAAAAUAGAAAGCAACAUAUUCGGAAAAAAAAAGAAAAAAACGAACAAACAAACUUGAUUCCGUGCUCUUGAGCGGGACAUGAACUCACGUCUCUCUCUGCUCAGCUAGCUAGUCAGGUAUGCUUACUACUAAACACGCUGGUUACGCCACAGCGUAAAACCUACCAGUGACUACAGUCAAAUGAUACUAAGACUAGCGUGAUAAAAUUAAUUUUGAUUACAUUUAUUCAAGGAAUUCCAGCGGUCAUUGUAGGCAUUACAGCUGCCAUAAACCCCUCUACGUAUGACAUGAAAGCACCAUUGAAGGAAGUCAUAUGUGGACCAUUUAACUUUACUGGGCGUCCUGAGAGAGAAAGGUAAUCAACCACGUUAUAUCUUUUCUUCAAUUUUUCUCCGAUUACCUCUCUCUUUCUAUUGUUGUAUAAUUGUAUAUUUUAUCGUAGAUGUUGGCUCAAUGGAAGUACGUGGAUCUACAAAGGGCCAGUCUUGUUUUUUCUGUUGGUAAGAAUUGUAAAUAACGUCAUUUCUACUAUAAAUAAAGACUAUAAACAUUUACUCGUUUAAAAUACAAUACUGCAUUUUAUCAUUAAAUAAGUCGAACCCGCUUAACGGACACCCGCCUGAUACGGGCAGUUUUCCUUUUCCCUGGAGAAAGCCCUCACAAUUUCUCUAAAUUGAACCAGCUUAAUUAGUUUCAAAUUUCAACUAAUCGAUAAACUGACACCAUCAUAUGAAAGGUCAUGUUGAGGUUGGUAAUUCGACCAGUUUGGUGCUCUAAGGUUGAACAGGGAUCAAGUUAUGACUCUUGAAACAUAGUUAAAGAGCCAUACAAACCUCUGUAAUUUUGUGACAGCGUUCCCAAAGCCAUAUAAACUCUUUUAUUUAAACUAUAAAAUUCGUCAUGCAUCUACUACUUGAAAGGAACUAAUUCGAAAAUCCCUGUGUUUGCUCAUUUUUAGGAAUAUCACAGAAAUGGUGAAAAAAAUUAAGAGUUUAUAUGGUUUUGGGGGACGAUGUCACAAAAUUACAGAGGUUUGUAUGGCUCUUUAACUAUGUUUCAAGAGUCAUAACUUGACCCCUGUUCAACCUUAGAGCACCAAACUGGUCAAAUUACCAACCUCAACAUGACCUUUCAUAUGAUGGUGUCAGUUCAUCGAUUUGUUUAAAUUUGAAACUCGCCCCAGUUCCCUACGCAACUCCGAAAUGGCCAAUACGGACACUUGUUUCUUUCCCAAUCAACGAAUUCCAAGGAAAGUCAACCUCGCUAAUGCAAUAAGUGUGUGCUGUAAUUAAACUUUUCUUUUGGAAGGUAAAAAAUACCCUUUGGUGACAGCUUGCUGAUGUUCCAACGCUAAAGUACACCGUAUAGAAUCGAUUUUAGACGUCAAUUACAGACUACUUUGCUACUAAACGAGUUAUGCAGAGAACGGUGAUAGGACUUUCCUUUACAAAUAGGCAAGCUUUUCAAUUUAAGAAAAAUAGAACAGCUGAUCUGCACCAAUCAAAUGCCAGAAAAUACAAUAGGUAAUGCAAACUAGCCAAUCAGCACAAAGUCCCUAUGACAACGCGUCAAAAAAAGUCUCGUUAGCUGACGGCGGUUCGUCAGGGAACACUCUUUGAUUCUUGUAGCUGAGAAUGUCGUUUUUUUUAAUGCGGUUUUGUUUUGGCUUCUUGCCUGGGCCAUUUAAAAAGGAAAAUGUAUGAUCAAACUGAGGAAAGUUUGUAUAGAAACAUACAGCGAUUCUUGAAAAUGUACUCAAGCACUGAAACUUUGGACAACAAUAAAAAACACUGAUAUAGUUGCGUUUAGAUGUUAGCAUUACAAAACAAGCGGACAAAGUCUGCGGAAAUCGUUUGAGGUAAUGAAUGAAAUGUCUAUUUUUAAUAGCUUAGGUGUUUUUGUUUCAACUACAACUGCGGACGGGUUCGAAUGUACAGUAUUUCGUGUCUGUGACACGCUAAAAUAAUCUGGAUUAACUAACUAGCUAUAUAAUUGAUAAGUAAGAGGACUACAUGCUUGUCCAAUUUGGAAAUAAUUGAAUUAAAAUUAGACAAGGCCGUAGGCCGAGUCCUAUUUUGGCUGUCCUCGGAAUGUUUUUCAUCCAAUUAUUUCCAAAUUGGAUAGCACGUAGUCCUACUACAUAUACAAAUGACAUUAAUAGGGACAGCCCGUUGAAACGAACACUUUCAAUGGCCCCUUGUAUUAACCUAGGUUAGACUACCUUUUUUGGUAAAAAUAUUCUUUUCUCUCUAACAGGUAAACAUCGGGAUGUUUCUGAUACUUUUGCGAGUUAUUUUUGGAAAACUGUCCAAUAAAUACAACAAAGAGAAUGUUAAGUUUGCAAGGUACUAAUCUCUGUUUACUAUCUUAUCAGUCUUUUUGAGGACUGUGAAUGUGAUUCCGCUUAUGGUAAUCAUCGUAGUAGGGUUGUGGGAAAAAAGGGUGUGCCUGGGAAAGUUAAGAACAACUACAAGAACCACAACAACAAGCAUAAAUGGCAACAUGCAAAACUAGUUGGUGAAAUUGUUCCUUCUAUCUUUUUAUCUGGCACUUGAAAAAGCAGCAAGCGUACACGCCCAGUCUACAUCCACAGAGUCAUUUCGUUUCAACUGAUUACAAUACACUACAGUAUAACAGCUUACAGUCUUAUAUUAUAGUUACAUGUAUAAUGAUAAAAUGCGAGUAAACAUCAUUACUUGAAACAAAGGGAUCUUCAAGCGAAUAUAUUGCUUGAAAAUUUUGUCAAAGAUGAAAUCACAUAACGAUUCACCUUUUAAAGAGAUGAUUUAAAAUUUCGUUACCCUGUUUAUAAGGCAGGAGACCUAAUUUCUUGACCCUGAUUUAUGUCAUUUCGCAUACAGCCUUAAUUAAUUUUUAAACUAACAUAAUGGAAAAAAAUGUUGGUAUCACUCAAUCGCCAACUUUGGCUUACUGAAAAAGGGACCCUACUCAAGAAGCUAAAUUAUGAAAUAAUAUAUUACACUUGUUUAAGUCUCAAAAGCGUGAAAACCAUAAUUAUCCUGUUAAGCUGCACAAACCCGUUUAGGGCAAAGAAGGAAGUAUCCUAAAUCAUGAACAGAAUACCAUUCAGGUCUUCUUUUACCUUUUCACAGGAAAGGAUUACGGAGCAUGUUGGCCUUACUUCCACUGUUGGGUGUCACGUAUAUUUUGGGAUAUUUCCUUCAAGUCCACAUCGCCGUUCAGUACCUGUUUGUUUUGCUGAAUUCCACGCAGGUUUGUUGUUUACAGUAGAAUAGAUAUUAAUUAACCCGAAAUGUCAGAAAAUUGUAGCCAAUAAACUAGCCAUCUCGCCAUCUUGGUAUUACUUUCUAUGUUAAAACAAAAAAAAAAGGUCAUUCAGCCUUUCAGAAAAUGUGAGGUGCGAUGGAAAGUAAUUUUUACUUUCAUUUAGUCAAGAGCUGCUGUUACAGGAGACAACUCGAACUACAAAAUUAGAAAUUUUGCCCUUUAAGUGUCUUUCUGACGUUUUGCCGUCUUCAAAAGGGUGUAAUGAAGCUUUCCCUCCCCAUUCCCCCAUGCAAUGUUGUGCCGCUAUUUGCGCUAUCCCUUGGAGAAAACAAACACCCCAGCUUUGACAGGAGGAGAGGGUAUAAAGAUGGGGAGGGAAUUUUUUUUUGUCCAAAGUUACCUCAUUUGAGGACAUUGUAUCAGCAAUUUUGUCGCUAAUUGUAGGUAAAACAAUUUGAGCAACGGGCACCUACAACUAAUGGUAAUUAGUUAUGGAUUAUCAAAGCAAACGUCUCUUUCGAUUUACAAACAUGCUUCUGAUGAGUAAGGAACUUAUAAUCGGAUUAGAAUCUUUUGUGGCCUUAAUAUUAAUCUCAACCGUUUUUACGAUCUUUCCUUACUUACUAUCCAAUUACAGGUCCGCUUUUUUUAAAUGUUUCCAUGUCGACGUACUACUCAGAUCUUAAUGAUAACCGGAAUUUGAUCGACGGAUUCCGCAUGCUUUUGUCAAUUGAAGUCAAGGAAAAUGCCCACAUAUGAUUUUUUUUUCUGUUCACAGGGAGUCACUUUUACCAUUUUUCACUGCGUUUUUGACGAUCAGGUAUUUGGUUAUAAAGCUCAGGGUAGUUUGUGCUACUGUUAAUGAUCAUUAAUGAAAGAAAAAAGUAAAAUUGCCUGAAUUAGAGGACGCCUGCACUAAUGUAUAGAUCUUGCAAGAGCUAAAAGCGAAGUCUCCGUUUAUAUACUUAUAGCUAAAGAAAUUUAAUUUUGAUCCACUAAAAAGAAAUCUUGAAAUCCCUUCUUAAUAACUUUAUGAGCCCUCCAUUUACCCUUUGAGGGAGGGCCUGAGUGAUAAAGAAAAAAUAUCCCGCAAACACACCUGCAAUGAAAAAACUCUCCCAUCAAGCUAAUGAAUGUACCUCCUCGAAGCAAGACUUUCCUCGUACAAUUGAGAUGACAACUUGCUGCCAUUAAAGAAUGCUUUUAAACGUAUACAACGCAGUUCUUGAAAAGGAUUCAACAUGCGUUUAUAAACGACGGUGUUGGAUGAAGUCAGUGGAACCCUGGGAGUUAAACAUGUUCGAUCCGCAAUUGAUCAGUUCCUAACAGAUGGGAAUAGGUGAUUCUUUUCUAUUAUUCUCGUUUUCCUUCUCUAACUGUCUGUCGCUGUGACUUCAGAUUACUGAAGGACUGAAGAAGCUCUGCGGAAAGAACACUGUACCACAAAAGCCAAAGAAAAAUCCAAAG